AAGAACACACACAAAAGAAAAAAAAAACUUAAUCUAGAAAAAAAAUGGGAGAUGCCGCUUUCAUUGACAUUCUACUGGCGAUCUUCUUGCCUCCUGUUGGCGUCUUCCUCAGAUUUGGCAUCAAGGUGGAGUUUUGGAUCUGUUUGGUGCUGACGCUAUUCGGAUACAUCCCAGGAAUUGUAUAUGCUGUUUAUGUUCUUACCCAUUAGGACCAAAACAUCCAUCUUUGAUCUUCCAUAUUCAGAUUCAAAGCAUGUGAUCUUUGUUUCUGUUUUCUGUUGUACGACGACGAUGAUGAUGUGAUUUG